AUGCAUGCUGGCGAUGAUUUUAUUGGACGCGCACCCAUAGUCCCUUGUGAUGAGGAUGGCUUCCCUGAAGGCUGGUUGAAAAGAAUGGGUGAUCGUGUCAAGGUGGUAGAGUGGGCUCCUCAAAUCAAGAUCCUUGAUCAUUCUGCUACCGGAUUAUUUGUUUCGCAUUGUGGCUGGAAUUCGUUAACGGAAUGUUUUACCAUCGCUGGUGUACCCAUUGUCGGCGUCCCUUUUUUGACGGAUCAGCCUAUGAAUGCCGACAUGAUGGAACACAGGUUGCGUAUUGGAUGUAACCUUUGGAAAAGUGCCACGCAUGGCAUCAUUGAUUGUUACACUGUUUCCUCCAUCCUUCGACAAACCAUGACCGAUUCUUCAUUAGUCACUCGUGAAAGUGCAAUGAAAAAGCUGAAUGAGCAACGCUGGAGUAUAGAAUCUGGUAAUGCAAUUAGAUUAUUGAAAGACUUUUACCAUGAAUCAACCCAUGUCAUAUCAUCAUCCUCUGAAAAAUAA